AUGCAUACGUCAAUGAUCAAGUCCAAGUUCCUCACCCACCCUGAGGACCUCGGCAUCGUCGCCGUCGGCUUCUCCGGUGGACAGCGCAAAGCUGGUGUCGACGCAGGCCCCAAGGCCCUCAUCGAGUCUGGUCUGCUUACCCAGGUCCGCGACGAGCUCGGCUACAAGCUUCACGGUGACGACCAGGUGCACCUCUACCAAGAUCUCUUCCCCGAGUCCGACCCCCCCUACCGCAACAUGAAGAACCCCAAGGCCGUGUCGGCCGUGACGAAGCGCAUCGCCGAGCAGGUCUACGAGCAGUCGCGCCUCGGCCGUCUGACUCUGACCCUCGGUGGCGACCACAGCAUCGCCAUCGGCACCAUUGCCGGCUCCGCAAAGGCCACGCGCGAGAGGCUCGGCCGCGAGAUCGCCGUCAUCUGGGUUGACGCCCACGCCGACAUCAACACCCCUGAGUCGAGCGACAGCGGUAACAUCCACGGCAUGCCCGUCGCCUUUGUCACGGGACUCGCCAAGGAGGAGAAGCCAGAGUACUUUGGCUGGCUCAAGGACGAGCACAUGCUCAACGUCAACAAGCUGGUCUACAUUGGUCUCAGAGACGUCGAUGCCGGCGAGAAGAGAAUCCUGAGGGAGAACGGCAUCAAGGCGUUUAGCAUGUUUGACGUGGACAAGUACGGCAUCGGUCGCGUCAUGGAGAUGGCGCUCGCCCACAUCGGCAACGACACCCCCAUUCACCUGUCGUUCGACGUCGAUGCGCUCGACCCCCAGUGGGCUCCUUCCACCGGUACUCCCGUCCGCGGCGGCCUGACUCUGCGCGAGGGCGACUUCAUCUGCGAGUGCGUGCACGAGACGGGCAGCCUCGUGGCUGUGGACCUGGUCGAGGUCAACCCUCACCUGGCCAACGACAAGGACCCUGCCGCGAGCGAGACAGUAAGAGCAGGAUGCUCGCUGGUGCGGUGCGCUCUGGGUGAGUCGUUGUUGUAG